CGACACGCGCACACGUGCGCGAUGCGGCGAGCGAUCGCGCGCGCGCGCGUGCGCAAGAAAACGCCGUGGCACCACGUCGUCGUGAUCGUCGCCGCACUCGUCGCGAGCGCGCGUGCCGGCGACGAUGACGAAGUGCAGCACUCGGAAUCUUCGGCGAUUUUAGACGACCACGCGCGCGCGCUCGAGCAACUCAUCGCGCAACCGACGCACACCGCACCGUUGGUUAAAGAUGCUUUCGUGAAACUCGCGAAUCAGGCUCGACACGCGCCGACGUUGCGUGAGUUGCGCGAGAAAGCGUUGACUGUGGGAUCGGGCACCGUCGAGCAGGCGCUCGCGGAGGAUGAUAUCGAAGGCGCAGACGAACGAGAUCGAUGGAUUGCCGCGCGCGAGGCGCUUUACGCGCUCAGCGCGCUCGGUAAAGUGGGACUGGUCGACGAGGACGCGUUCGUGGGGGAGACAGCGAGCGGUGAGGAUGACUACGGCGCGUUUGAGAGGUUGACGGAGACUGGAAGCGAGACGUGGUACCAGUCGGCUCUGCAGCGAGCUGCGCUCAUGGGGGACGAUUGGGCGCGCACUGCGCUUGGAUUUAGGUUAUGGAAAGGAUUCGAUGGCGUGGAAAAAGACGAGGAGCGAGCGUUGUCGAUGUUGCGCGAUGUGGCGACGACUGGUUUAGGGAGAGGCCCGACGACGUACGAGCUCGAAGCACCGAGCGGCGCCGAGUGGUUGCGCGAUCGGGAUCGAGACGCCGGCUGGUAUUCCGAGAGUAUCGCGGCGAAAGCAGCAGAUCAAGUGGCCAUGGAAAUCGAUGCAGCAGCGCGAGGAGAUGAUGGGGCGCAUGCGCAGUUGGGAUACCGAGCGCUCGUUGGUGGGCGAGGCGUCGAACAGAACGAGAGAGCCGCGUUUGAACACUUCGUGGAAGCUGCGCGUCGACGCGGUGGGGGACUGCCUGAAGCACACUACAACCUGGGAUUCAUGUACAUGAACGGUAUGGGUACAGAGAAAAAUUACACCGCCGCGCGCGAAGAAUUCUUGCGCGCAAUAUCCAAGGGCCAAAUCGCGCCGGCGUACAACGGUUUGGGCGUUCUCGCAUUCAACGGUUUGGCGAGUGAGCAAAACUACACUGAAGCGAUGCUUUAUUUCACAGCAGCAUCAAAAUUGGAAGAUCCCGAUGGUUAUUUCAAUCUCGCACAAAUGUACACCGCCGGUCACGGCGUUGAGGCAAAUGCGACGUACGGUUUGGAAAUCAUGGAAAAGGCGAGCGAACUCGGACAUUGGCGAGCGCCCUACGAGCUCGGAAUGGUUUACGCUCUCGGCGAAGUCGUGGAAAAGAAUGUGACGAAAGCCGCGAGAUACUUUCACAUUUUCAUCGAGGAACGCUUCAACUGGGCUGAGCAUCGAAAUGAGGCCAUCGAAGAAGUUUUGCUUCACCAGAAUCCUUGGGGCGCUCUCGUUCGAUACGCACUCGUGUCGUCACUCGGAAGUGAAUCCGCCGCGAAUAACGUGGCGUGGUUAUUGCGCAAAACUGACGCGUACACGAGUGAGAACAAGUUUGAACUCGCCGCGCGCAUGCUUCGCGAGAUUAUUUACUGCUACGCGUCCCCCGAGGCUCGAGUGGAUUUAGCGGGCUUGCUGUCGGAGCGCAAAGUGCGACCAGACUUGACGUUUGAUCUGAAAGAUCACUACGAUCAACUCGUCCCAAACGCCUCGACUUAUGAAAUUGCCGCCACAGGGCAUUUGUCGGUCGCCGCAUUCGGCGAAAAGCCGUACGCAGAGGCGUUGGUAAAUCUUGGUUGGGCGCAUUUGUUCGGUCGCGGCGUCGCAAUCAACGCGAGUCGAAGCCUUGAACUGUUUGCUGCGGGUGCAGCAGCCUCGGAGACCUCGUACGAAGCUACACCAUGCGUUUUUGCGAUCGUAAUGACCAAAUUCUGGCUCUUCGCCGCCGCGGCUAGCCGAUCGUUGAGCUUUGGUUCGCUCGGCUUACCCGCCGAGCAUUUCAGCGCUCUGCCGACGCCGAAGCUUAACUUCUCCACCGUGCGCGGCUUUAUGGCCGUGCGAAUCCUUCGAUUGAUCGAAGUCAUCGAGCGCUACGUAUUGUUUGGACUCAGCUUAGCUUUAGCCGGCGUUCUCGCGUACCGCGCGAUGCUUCCGAGUCGAUGAACGCCGC